AUGGUGCGGGAGACUGAGAUUCCUGUGCUCCGAGGUUUUCUGAAACCAAGCGAGGCAACGGAAUGGAAGCAGAAUGUUUUCAGCUCUGCAGGUGAGAGAUUAUUAAUCAUUUUUUCGAAAAGCAGUAUUGUUAUCAUACUUUACAUUUAUUUUGGUGUAGAUUUAGCAAAGUUUGUGUUUUGUGAGAAUUGUAGGUACAAUUAAACGAUGGCUAGCUUGGUGGUGGCUAAUAACGUUACCUUCAGCUAACGUUCGGUAACUACAGCUAAUAUAAUGUGGAGACAUAUGGCACACAGUUAUCGCCACUGUCCGUCGGUUUGUCAGUGGUUUGAUGUCAUUUGAUGAAUGUGGAAUGUUUCACCAAGGUUCAAUAUUAAGGCUACGUGAUAUGAUUAAUUGAACUAGCCAGUUCGUUAAAAUACAGGUUUGAAUGCUUGCUAGUUAGCUACUGUACCAAGCAAAUUAGCUGUGAACUUGUGGGAGAGACAGCCUAGCUAAAACACUGUAGCCGAGAGAACGGAGUAGCGCACUACUAGCUACAAAGGCUAGACCGGGCAGUGAAUUUAGGCACAUGUUCAUCUAAUUGACUGGGUAUUCAUCUCAUACUCUAACUUUUAAAUUUAGAAUAUAACGUCACAGAUAGUUAGGUACCAGCUAACUAUGUCACCAAUAAUAUACAGGUAUCUACUUAGCGAGCUAGCUAUGUACCGACUCCCACCAGGAGCGUAUUCCAUUACGCCAAUUCUUUUGCAAAACGUUUCGUAAACAAACGAAACGGGGAGGGACCUACCUGAACAUUCAAUUUUGCGACUGUUUGGACUUAUUACAUUCCAACCCAUGGUGACGCAUCCCCCCGUGAGGAUGCAAAUGUCCAAAAUAUAUACGGUAGAUAGUUUUGUUUAGCUAGUUCAACUAACCGGUAGCUUUGAUCUCCGUAAUGUGUUCGUUCUCGCUACACUAGAGGCAGCAAUAGUGAGUUAAUUGCUGUCAGGUUCUUUCGCUGAACACUGUCAAUUUUCUGCAUUGAGGCUGUGGCCACGCACGUUUAUGACAGCACAGUGGGGCGAAGCAUCCCAUCCCCCAUGAAAGAACGUAAGACCCUAUGGACAAUCACCAUGCACGGCCGCUAUUUUCUAUAUGCUCGGCUAUUUUCUUGACAUUUAUGCUCAUCUGUGCUAAAUCCGAGGUCACUGGCUUUGCACAAUAAUCAGCCAUGUCAUCAUAUAAAUCUCGCCCAUCAUCCAGGCACUGAUGGCGCAGUAAGGUUAGCUUUACCAAGUGAUGUAGCUAUGUAAUGGUUGUCUGGGCUGGUUUUAUGUGCUGUUGUCAGAAUAGACAUGACAUGCUCUAUGUUGGUCUCCAUUUGGAUUUAGCAAACUAGGCUAUGCUUUUGAGACAUCACCCAUCAACAAAACACAUAUAAUCUCUGCAAUUUCUGACAUCAGAUUGGAUUGAAAUAAUGUAUUGUAAAUGUGAUGUUGGUCUGCUUUCCACUACACUGCAAGUAUAUAUUUUUUAUCCAGCAAGUCUACACUGAUGACAUACAAAUAAAUGUACACUGAACAAAAAUAUAAACGCAACUAUUUCAAAGAUUUUACUGAGUUACAGUCAUAUUAGGAAAUCAGUCAAUUUAAAUACAUUAAUUAGGCCCUAAUCUAUGGAUUUCACAUGACUGGGAAUACAGAUAUGCAUCUGUUGGUCACAGAUACUUUUGGUCAUGUAGUGUAUGCGGAUACCUGCUUGUCGAACAUCUCAUUCCAAAAUCAUGGGCAUUAAUAUGGAGUUGGUCCCCCCUUUGCUGCUAUAACAGCCUCCACUCUUCUGGGUAGGCUUUCCACUAGAUGUUGGAACAUUGCUGUGGGGACUUGCUUCCAUUCAGCCACGAGCAUUAGUGAGGUCAGACACAGAUGUUGGGCGAUUAGGGCUGGCUCGCAGUCUGCGUUCCAAUUAAUCCCAAAGGUGUUCGAUGGGGUUGAGGUCAGGGCUCUGUGCAGGCCAGUCAAAUCAAAUCACAUUUUUUUGGUCACAUACACAUAUUUUGCAGAUGUUAUUGUGGGUGUAGCGAAAUGCUUGUUUUCCUAGCUCCAACAGUGCAGUAGUAUCUAACAAUUCACAACAAUACACAUAAAUCUAAAAGUAUAAGAAUGGAAUUAAGAAAUAUAUAAAUAUUAGGACGAGCAAUGUUGGAGUGGCAUUGACUAAAAUACAGAAUAGAAUACAGUAUAUACAUAUGAAAUGAGUAAAGCAGUAUGUAAAGAUUAUUCAAGUGACUUGUGUUCCAUUUAUUAAAGUAACCAGUGAUUCCAUGUCUAUGUAUAUAGGGCAGCAGCCUCUAAGGUUCAGGGUUGAAUAACCGGGUGGUACCCGGCUAGUGAUGGCUAUUUAACAGUCUGAUGGCCUUGAGAUAGAAGCUGUUUUUCAGUCUCUCGGUCCCAGCUUUGAUGCACCUGUACUGACCUCGCCUUCUGGAUGGUAGCGGGGUGAACAAGCCGUAGCUCGGGUGAUUGAUGUCCUUGAUUAUCCUUUUGGCCUUCCUGUGACAUUGGGUGCUAUAGGUGUCCUGGAGGGCAGGCAGUGUGCCCCCGUUGAUGCGUUGGGCAGACAGCACAGCACCACCCUCUGGAGAGCUUCUCCGCUGUGGUCCCGUCGAUGUGGAUAGGGGCGUGAUCCCUCUGCUGUUCCCUGAAGUCCACGAUCAGCUCCUUCAUUUUGUUGACGUUGAGGGAGAGGUUAUUUUCCUGCACCACUCCGCCAGGGCCCUCACCUCCACCCUGUAGGCUGUCUCGUCAUUGUUGGUAAUCAGGCCUACUAUUGUUGUGUCGUCUGCAAACUUGAUGAUUGAGUUGGAGGCAUGCGUGGCCACGCAGUCAUGGGUGAACAGGGAGUACAGGAGGGGGCUGAGCAUGUACCCUUGUGGGGCCCCUGUGUUGAGGAUCAGCGAAGUGGAGGUGUUGUUUCCUACCUUCACCAGCAUACAAUGAAAUCAAGUUCUUCCACACGAUCUCGACAAACCAUUUUCUGUAUGGACCUUGCUUUGUGCACUGGGGUAUUGUCAUACAGAAACAGGAAAGGGCCUUCUCCAAACUGUUGCCACAAAGAUGGAAGCACAGAGUCGUCUAGAAUGCCAUUGUAUGCUGUAGCGUUAAGAUUUCCGUUCACUGGAACUAAGGAGCCUGAACCAUGAAAAACAGCCCCAGACCAUUAUUCCUCCUUCACCAAACUUUACAGUUGGCACUAUGCAUUGGGGCAGGUAGUGUUCUUCUGGCAUCCGCCAAACCCAGAUUUAUCAGUCGGAUUCCAGAUGGUGAAGCAUGAUUUAUCCCUCCAGAGAACGCGUUUCCACUGCUCCAUAGUCCAAUGGCGGUGAGAUUUACACCACUCCAGCCGACGCUUGACAUUGCACAUGGUGAUCUUAGGCUUGUGUGCGGCUGCUCGGCCAUGGAAACCCACUUCAUGAACCUCCCGACGAACAGUUAUUGUGCUGACGUUGCUUCUAGAGGCAGUUUGGAACUCUGUAGUGAGUGUUACAAUCGAGGACAGACGAUUUGUAUGCGCUUCAGCACUCGGCGGUCCCGUUCUGUGAGCUUGUGUGGCCUACCACUUCGCGGCUGAGCCGUUGUUGCUCCUAGACGUUCCACUCACAGUAACAGCACUUACAGUUGACCGGUUCAGCUCUAGCAGGGCAGAAAUUUGACGAACUGACUUUUGGAAAGGUGGCAUCCUAUGACAGUGCCACUUUGAAAGUCACUGAGCACUUCAGUAAGGCCAUUCUACUGCCAAUGUUUGUCUAUGGAGAUUGCAUGUCUGUGUGCUCGAUUUUAUACACCUGUCAGCAACGGGUGUGGCUGAAAUAGCCAAAGCCACUAAUUUUGGGGUGUCCACAUACUUUUGUAUAUAUAAUGUACCUUAACCCCACUGCCUCCAUGGGGCACUCUGUUCACAACGUUGACAUCAGCAAACCACUCGCCCACAUGACGCCAGACAUGCUGUCUGCCAUCUGCCUGGUACAGUUGGAACCGGGAUUCAUCUGUGACGAGCACACUUCUCUAGCGUGCCAGUGGCCAUCGAAGGUGAGCAUUUGCCCACUGAAGUAUUUUACAACGCCGAACUACACGCAGGUCACAAGACCCUGGUGAAGAUGACGAGCACGCAGAUGAGCUUCCCUGAGACAGUUUGUGCAGAAAUUCUUCAGUUGUGCAAACCCACAGUUUCAUCAGCUGUCUGGGUGGCUGGAAUGCCACACCUUGAUAUGCUACACCUGUCAGGUGGAUGGAUCAUCUUGGCAAAGUAGAAAUGCUCACUAACAUGGAUGUAAACAAAUUUGUGCCCAACAUUUGAGAGAGAUAAGCUUUUUGUGUUUAUAGAACAUUUCUGGGAUCUUUUAUUUCAGCUCAUGAGACAUGAGACCAACACUUUACAUGUUCCGUUUAUAUUUUUGUUCAGUGUAGUUAGUUCCCUCCCUGUUCCUAUACGUGCCCUUGUAGGAGAUAUGAGGCUGUUGCACUGACUAUUCUGAAAUCUACACUAAUGUAUUAAAUAUUGCUUGAAUAUUGAGGCCCAGGGCAAUUCAGAAUCAUAUUUCUCCCAUAUUGAAUUGCCUUACAUCGACUGCUCAAUGUGAGGACCUUUAUGAAUUACUGACUGAUUUGAGGUCCAAUUGUUUUCCAUAAUUUCAGUUUCUUGACAAAUCUGAAAUAGAUUUGAAUUGCUGAAAUGUUAUUAAGUGGUUGAGAGGUCAUACCCUGGGGUUUAAUUUGAUCUCAUCUCCCUUUCUCCUCCUCUCACCCUCCCUCCCUCCCUCUCUCGGCUCUGCUGCCUCUGGGUUUCAUUAGAUCUGCAGUGAGGUGAAAUAUCUCCAUACCUCACAGGCCAGUCAAGCAGCAAUUGCCUAUUAAAGCUUUAAAGGUAGACUCAGCAAUUUGACAUACAGUGGGGAAAAAAAGUAUUUAGUCAGCCACCAAUUGUGCAAGUUCUCCCACUUAAAAAGAUGAGAGAGGCCUGUAAUUUUCAUCAUAGGUACACGUCAACUAUGACAGACAAAUUGAGAAAAAAAAUUCCAGAAAAUCACAUUGUAGGAUUUUUUAUUAAUUUAUUUGCAAAUUAUGGUGGAAAAUAAGUAUUUGGUCACCUACAAACAAGCAAGAUUUCUGGCUCUCACAGACCUGUAACUUUUUCUUUAAGAGGCUCCUCUGUCCUCCACUCGUUACCUGUAUUAAUGGCACCUGUUUGAACUUGUUAUCAGUAUAAAAGACACCUGUCCACAACCUCAAACAGUCACACUCCAAACUCCACUAUGGCCAAGACCAAAGAGCUGUCAAAGGACACCAGAAACAAAAUUGUAGACCUGCACCAGGCUGGGAAGACUGAAUCUGCAAUAGGUAAGCAGCUUGGUUUGAAGAAAUCAACUGUGGGAGCAAUUAUUAGGAAAUGGAAGACAUACAAGACCACUGAUAAUCUCCCUCGAUCUGGGGCUCCACGCAAGAUCUCACCCCGUGGGGUCAAAAUGAUCACAAGAAUGGUGAGCAAAAAUCCCAGAACCACACGGGGGGACCUAGUGAAUGACCUGCAGAGAGCUGGGACCAAAGUAACAAAGCCUACCAUCAGUAACACACUACGCCGCCAGGGACUCAAAUCCUGCAGUGCCAGACGUGUCCCCCUGCUUAAGCCAGUACAUGUCCAGGCCCAUCUGAAGUUUGCUAAAAUGCAUUUGGAUGAUCCAGAAGAGGAUUGGGAGAAUGUCAGAUGAAACCAAAAUAUAACUUUUUGGUAAAAACUCAACUCGUCGUGUUUGGAGGACAAAGAAUGCUGAGUUGCAUCCAAAGAACACCAUACCUACUGUGAAGCAUGGGGGUGGAAACAUCAUGCUUUGGAGCUGUUUUUCUGCAAAGGGACCAGGAUGACUGAUCCGUGUAAAGGAAAGAAUGAAUAGGGCCAUGUAUCGUGAGAUUUUGAGUGAAAACCUCCUUCCAUCAGCAAGGGCAUUGAAGAUGAAACGUGGCUGGGUCUUUCAGCAUGACAAUGAUCCCAAACACACCGCCCGGGCAACGAAGGAGUGGCUUCGUAAGAAGCAUUUCAAGGUCCUGGAGUGGCCUAGCCAGUCUCCAGAUCUCAACCCCAUAGAAAAUCUUUGGAGGGAGUUGAAAGUCUGUGUUGCCCAGCGACAGCCCCAAAACAUCACUGCUCUAGAGGAGAUCUGCAUGGAGGAAUGGGCCAAAAUACCAGCAACAGUGUGUGAAAACCUUGUGAAGACUUACAGAAAACGUUUGACCUGUGUCAUUGCCAACAAAGGGUAUAUAACAAAGUAUUGAGAAACUUUUGUUAUUGACCAAAUACUUAUUUUCCACCAUAAUUUGCAAAUAAAUUCAUUAAAAAUCCUACAAUGUGAUUUUUCUGGAUUUUUUUUCUCAUUUUGUCUGUCAUAGUUGACGUGUACCUAUGAUGAAAAUUACAGGCCUCUCUCAUCUUUUUAAGUGGGAGAACUUGCACAAUUGGUGGCUGACUAAAUACUUUUUUUCCCCACUGUAGAUGCAGAAAGUGAACAGCAUAGUGGGUCAAUUUCCGCAUCAACUAAGAUGGUUGAAGCACGAGGCUCAACUUCUCCGCUGUUUUGGUGCCCUGGCUAACACGUUGCGAAGUGAACCUAGGCACGUGCAGAUGCUAUGUGUGACUGAGAGCGAAGUCUUGCAUCUCGCUUCUAAUAAUAUCUGUGGUGCUGCUCGUGGCAACGGCAUUUAGCGGAGUCUACCUUCAAUGUCAAUUGUCAAAAACGCAUCAACUCCGAUUAUUCUAAUUUUCACAUUGUAGCUUAGACCCUAUUUUACAUAAUCAGAAGUGUUUGUGUUGUGCCCAUCAUUGGUUGAGACACAGCAUGCUCUUGAAUACAAGGUGGGUGUCAUUUCAAUCAUAGAAAUAUAAUUCAUAGAAUGGACCUAUCCUUUCAGACCCCUGCAAUUCAGCUGGUACACCAUUGACAUUAAAUGGAAAUUAAACUUUAACUUCCAAUUACUACCAGAAAGAUGGCUGGUCCACCCACCGUUGAUUGUAACUUCAAUGGGAAUAUCUAUUCUAUGAUCUAUAUUUCUAUGAAUGCAAUAGGUUUUCAAUGAAAGAUUGAAAGUUUAAUUUAUAACAAUGGAUAUUCCGACUCGAGUCAACAUUCUCUGUGUGGACCUUCAACCAUCUUUGUCGUACCAUUUGAAAGUUGAAAUGUCAACUUUAUUCACAUUUUAGUACAUUUAUCAGCCAAAACAUGAGAUCCACCCUGUAUUCAAUAGUAUUCUGUCACAUACCAUCUAUCAUUUUUUGUGAUAAAAAAAAAAAAAUGUUGACUCCAAUGCUUCCCACAGUUGUCAAGUUGGCUGGAUAUCUUUUGGGUGUUGGACCAUUCUUGAUACACAUGGGAAACAGUUGAGCUUGAAAAACCCAACUAAAUAUUUUGUCUUGCCCAUUCACGCUCUGAAUGGCACACACACAAUCCAUGUCUCAAGGCUUAAAAAUCCUUCUUUAACCUGUCUCCUCCCUUUCAUCUUCAUUGAUUUGAAGUGGAUUUAACGAGUGACAUCAAUAAGGGAUCAUAGCUUUCACCUGGUCAGUCUGUCAUGGAAAGAGCAGGUGUUCUUAAUGUUUUGUAUACUCAGUAUAUGUGAACAUGAAAAAAUCAUUUUAGGUGUUUUUUGAUAAUUGACGUUAAAGCUUAGAAAAUGACAUUUUUUCCCAAUACAUUAUACGUUUUACAACCCUCUUGUAAGCUUUGAAAUGAUAUCAAACUCAACCGUUUAUCUUUUUCCGGGAUGAAGACAUGGAUGUCUCAUGGUAGGGUGGGGAUAUGCAAAAUGGGCCAACUUUGAGCACCUCCAUCUCCUGAAUGUUUUGGCAUUCAGUUCCAAAACGUCACUUUCUGACCACUUCUUCCAUGGGCAAACAUAUAUGGAAGGAUUCAUUCAAUUCAAAAGUGGUGCAGUCAGAAAGUGAUUGAAAUCAUGUGGAACGACCCUGCAGCUUUAUCAGUGAAAGCAUUGGCUUUGGUGUACUGUGGGUGUGUCCCAAUCUAUUUUCUCCCGAAGUGUGCAAUUGUUCACUUCCUUUCAUGGAUUUGAAAGGAAAUGACUGGUUUAUGGAAACUCCCUCUAGCCCAUGCCUACACCAUUCCAAUGCUUUUACAUUUGUGGGGACUAGAGAUUAUUGGGACGCACCCUGUGUCUGUUUGCCAGUUUGCGGGGCCGUUUUAGUUUGCUCAGGUUUUCUGCUGCUGUAUACCCAGCCUCUCAUCUUUCCCAUUGCUCUCUCUCUCUGUCCUCACUCACUCCCAUCAGGGGAGCACAAUGCAAUCAAUGCUAAUGAGCCCAGCCAGCCUCCCUGCUCAAAUAAAGAACUAAUGAAAGCUGGAGAGACGCUGAAGCCGAGCACACAACCAAUGCAUAAAAUACAAUUACACCAGGCCGAGACACCUUGGCCUCAUAGCUAGACUGUUCUCUUUAUAAUUCCUCCCCCUUCAGCAAUGCCCCUCCAACAGCCAAAAGCCUGCGCACACACACCAAAUGAUCUUCUGCAGGGCAUUGUUCAAUAUGCUCAUCUUCCUAAUGAGAAUAAGGAGUUAAAUUAAUAAUCUGUGAGAAACAAUAUAAGACAAAUGAGAGUGGGUAUGUUGUGGAGGUAAUAGGGCCUUGGAGUGAGGUAGAGCGUAUGGUCCAGCGGGAUGCUUGAUUUUCUCCAUUCCUGGAUGGUAAUGGUUCUGGGACAACAAUAACGAGAUGGUUCGGCUGUAAUACUUUGACUCUAAACAAGUAGCCUUUUUAAGGUAAUUUGAAUUGGAUAUAGAGGUAUCUGAGGGAUAAUGAUCCAUCUAUUUCAAACAAUGAGGCUGCACCCAAAUAUACCUUUCAAAGCUAAUGGGCGUUCCACAGAGAAAUAUGAGACUACGCCAGGCAGACAAAGGAAAAACCAUGGACAGACAAUAGCAAAAUUGUGGUGGCGUCAGAAGAACUAAAGACUUUCUUAUACAUAGCCUGUCAUAUGUAUUGAGCCACCCAUUAUUACAGAUACACAAGACACAUCUCUGACGAUGUCAUUGGCAGCUUCUUGUGUUGCCCCUUUAUCUCACUGCUUCUACUUUUUUGCCUGCCAGAGGCGGGUCCCCUGCUGCAGUCCCUGUUCGAUGGGGACUUUGAGGCGGUGCUGCUAAGUCCUCAGGUCCUGGACCUGCUCGGUGGUGGAGACAGCGGCGAUGGAGAGGCCAUCGAUGCCUACCUGGAGAGACGGGUCCUGGCCUACCUCAACGACAGCACACAGGAGGACAAGGCUGACCGGUAAGAAACAAACUGAGUAAGGAUCUCAUGCUGACACCUUAUUCAAUGUUAAUCAAUUCAUUGAAUCAAGUGUUUUAGUGUUGGGCUGGAACAAAAGCAUGCAUACUCUGUAGCUCUCCAGGGCCAAAGUUAGUGACCACUGCGUUAGUCUUUAUUAUAAACAAGGCUAAACAAGAUGUAAUAUUCUUUCAUAUAAGCUGACAGAUUGCCUUUUUAAGUGUACAGCACUAUGAAUGAAUACAAUUAUCUUACUGUAAUAGAGAAGUUAACCUUUCUAAUGAUAAUGAUAACCUUAUUAUGUCUCAACUCCUCAAAUUACACACAGAGCAGACACUACUGAAACAGGAGUAUCAAUUAAUAUUGAUUCUGGUAAAUGAAUGCUCAGUUUGUUGCGCGCAGCAUUGUGGUACCACGUUCCACAUUUUAGCCAAUUACUUUUAUAUUAGCUGUCUAGUCUGUGUUUUAUAAAUGUGCAUUUAGCAUAAAACACAAUUAUAGGAAUUGUAACUCGUUCUCAUUCUGAGAAAUAAGGUAGGCCACUUGAUUUCAACAUUUGAACAAAGUGGACAGGCUAGCAAGCUGUUUAAACAGUUGGAGAUGGACAGAAGGGUGUGUUCAUAACAAUAUCAUUUCACAACCCCUGAAUUCAUUAGAUUAUUGCUGACUGUUUGAAAUGCAGUGUAUUUGAUUUUUAAUUGCACAACAAAGCUUAUUUAGAGAACAUUUGAAAAAAUCUAGAUAUAUAUUGGAUCAUGAAUCGCCCAUAAGUCAGAUUUUUCUGUGGUGAUUUGUAGGACAUAAUGCUCAGGCCUAGUACACAGUGACCUUUAUUGAUUGGAGGGAGAAUUACCAGGCACAGGCUGUUCCCUCGCUGAACGGAGCUUCCUGCUGCCCUUGAAUUAUUAAUUUUUAAUAAGAACAGCUUAACAUCUCCUCCUUCUCUCCCGUGGAGAUAUCUGUGGGAGAAUGGGUAUUUCAGCUGGUGUCGCUACUCUAUCCCCCUCUGUAUCGGAUCAUUUCUCUCAAUCUCUUUCCAUUUUCUGCUACAGCGUUAGUCAGCUAGGUGUGUUGGAGAGGCCUGUAUGUAUGCAUAGCUUUAAUUGCUCUAAGGGAGAUGGGAAGCAGUUCCUCUUUGCCCUGAAUCUGUGCCUGGACAGCCCAGACGCCCUAUUGAAUGAGUCCUGCUGCGAGGACUGGAGCAGCCCGCUGUAUCCGCUUCGGAAGGCUGCCGGCCUGAUUCGCAGUGUGGAGAUUAAAUGACCAUGUCUUUACUGUUUCAUUCUCUCUCCAUCUCUGUACUGAGCUUGUGCUUGCUCUUUUGGGAAGCCUCCUUUUAAUGUUUCUUUCUCUGAACUCCCUUUCAUUUGUUCUCUAGCCUUUCUGUUGCUCCUCCUCUCUGUUUUGUUCCCUGUUUUCGUGUUUCUCUAGUGUCUAAUAGUUCUGGGUUCUAUACCUUCCCUCUGGUCUCCAUCAUUGUUCUUUCUCUCUGUCCUCCAGACUCUGUUCUCUCAUUUAUUUUCCCUCACUGCUCUCUCUCCUAUUCAUUGUGACAUUGCUUUCUUUUUCCUUUCUUCUUUUUCUCAGGGAGAAUGCUCUGUUGGCCCUGGCGGCGGCCUGCCUGCACCUCUUUGCCCAGAGUAACUGGACGGGUCCCCCUGUCGCCAUCCAUGUCCCUGACCUGCUUCCCCCGGCCCUGCUCACCUCCCUCACUGAGGUACACUAACAGCAGGGUUUUUUUACGGAAAUGUGGCGCCGGACAACAUGACAUGGAAGAUUUUAAUUUACCAGCCAUUUGAGCUAUUAUUGAGUUGCAGCUUCAGUGAAAAGCAUCUCAAAUGUUAAAUUUUUGUUAUUUAGCAGACGUUCUUAUCCAGAGCGACUUACGGUUAGUGCAUUCAUCUUAAAAUGCCUAGGUGGGACAACCACAGGCAUAGAAAGUACAUUUGUCCUCAGUAACAUAGGUUUCAGUAGAGUCAGAGCUAAAAGGGGGGGUGGAGUGGGGGGGUCGAGGUGAGGAGGAGGAUUAUUUAAGAUACCGUUUUGAAGAGGUAGGGUUUCAGAUGUUUUCGGAAGAUGGGCAGGGACUCUGCUGUCCUAGCUUCAGGGGGAAGCUGGUUCUACCAUUGGGGUGCCAGGACAGAGAAGAGCUUGGACUGAGCUGAGCGAGAGCUCCAAAAAUGUGAAGAUAAUGUGUCUUGAGUAUAAUUUUAAAUGUUUAGACGAGAAGAAGGGGAGGGGUGUGGCGACGAUAUAGGCGAGUCUCUCUCCAGAAUGGCUCAGCUGUCUCCCGCUAAUUCUUGCGCUUUCAUUGUGUGAAUAGUUUGCCCUUUGAUUUUUUUUCAUCAAUUCCCCAUUACAUAUGUCACCAGUAGUACAUGUACCGUUAAUCCCCGUCAUUUGUUAACAUUAAUUUAUGUUAAUGCGUGUGUUAAUUACACUCAUUUGCCAUUCUCGGAGUGGAAACAAUGUUUGCUGAGUUCACAACCUGCUACACUUGCAAGAAGCAAGUUUUGGUUUAUUUCAUAACCAUCAUUUACGAGAUUGUCAAUUUUUUCAUUGUCUUUUGUUUGGAGUGCUCCAUGUGAACAAUGUGUCUGUUUUCUCUGUCCUGAUGUUGAGUACCUGGGCUGCUCCUCAGAAAUGUGGGAAAGUGUUUUUUUAACAUCCAUUGCGAAUGAUAAUAUAUUAAAACUAUAGUUCUUCACAGUAAGCUAUUUGAAGAAAAAAAUCCAACAAUCUCCCCCUCGAUAAUCAGAAAUCCACGGUGUGAAAGAGCAAUGGAAGUUUUAGGCCUACUGCUGCAUUGGCCUGUAGGCUAAAACGUCCAUUCGCUCAUUUCUUUAGCCGCCAAUGGAUCACUGGUGUAUCAAUAUGUCUUUAUGGCAGAGGUUGGUGAGCUCGCAUUAGUUGACUUAACUUUUAGAUUUUUAUUAUUUUUAUUCCGAUUUUUUUGACAAUGAUUUUGAGAAAAUAAAACAUUAUUAUUGAAGUUAUACUGUUCCACCAAAAUGUGCAGAACGGUAGAAAUUGUAGCAUAAAUUGUAAGCUUCCCCAAACUUGAAAACGUUCCGCCAAUGUCUUUAUAAAAUAAUUGCUUCCAUGUUUCCAUGGUCGAAUUUUGCCUAUAGGCUACUUUGAGACAUGCCUCAUAAUGUGAAAUCAUACAUUCAGGUUUCAAACAAUUAUGUUUUCAAAAUGCAUACUGCCUCCAGCUCACAUUGUAAAGCGAUGGGUGACGUGCUGAUAGCCUGUUGCCUGCACUUGAAUGAAUGAGUGAAUAGGAGGUGCGUUUCAAUUACCAGUUGAGUAAUAAAAAACCGUAACCUUUUUAAUCCUGCACCAAAACUGUUUUUAGCAUGCGAUUGCAUUUAGAAUUGUUGCGCAAUGAAUGGGCUUAUGAAAGCAUGUUUUACUCCAGCAGCAACCAGCUGAGGAGCAGCAGGAGAAAUCCCGUUCAAAAUAGGCUCUGUAUGCUGUGCACAUGUGAUAGCUGUGUUGGGAAAAUAAGAUGCAUGAUGACUAAAGAAAAUACACACAGGCCAAUUUAAUUCCACUAAAUUAUGCAAAUUAACCUAUAGACUGAUGAGCAUGACAGUCAACUGUAUUUACAUCGACUGGUAUUUCCAUCAAUGAAUAAAAAGCAUUAUUUUGCAAUGGGAUUUUUUUCCUCCCGGUCAUUUUUGCCGGCAUCAGUUUUUUUUAUAUCGGCUUUUAUUUAUUUUUAUCGGCACUUGCCGACUAACAGACACCCUGAGUAACAUAUCCUUUUCUCUCCUUAAACUACACGCACACACUGCUUUUUAAAAUGUAUCCACAGCCACCCUCCCUCCCCAGGCCUGACCUACAGGAGCUCGACCUUUUAGACCAUUUUAUUUCCCUGAGAAGACAUUUCCAGCCCAUCAGCUGUUUUGGAAGCCGAUUUGAUUUUGGACGCAAGGAUUGUGUGUGUGGCAGCGCUGGGUUGUGACUCUGACAUGGUUUGAUGAAUGGUGAGGACAGAUGACCCCUUAAACCCUUUGCUCUGGAAAAUGAGGCUGUAUAGAGUGAGUCUGUGGAGGGAGGGAUGAAGUAUUGUUGCACGGUAUAACUGGACCACGUUAAUAGCACGGUACCAAAAUGUCAUGACAUUUUAGAAUACCAUAGUACCGUUUCAUAUGAUACUACCAUCUUUUUCGGCCCUACCAAUCUAAAGAACCAGUUGGCGCCUGUUAUAAAAUGUUUCUAAAGUCAGUUUUGUUUAUAAAUUCAGUUUAAAACAUUUUAAGCGACAGCAAUUAAUAGUCUCUUGUAUGCACCAGUCCAAUAAUGUCACUUUCAUGCACAUCUCACGUGUGGCAGCUGUGAUGAGCCAGCCGCAUCCCCUUGCAGCCAUCACUCACCUGCUUCUCUCCGUCCGCUCUUCCUGCGUCUCUAUUCAUCAAUCCGUUUUUAAAAAUAUAAUUAACCGUGAAGGCGAGUGGGGAUGUAGACCCUGAUGAGUCUUUUGUUACAUUUGUACAUUUGAUGCAUUGAAGCAGCGCGCAGAGUGAGCAAUGUUAAUACAUUGUAUAAUUUCAUUGCUUGGUAUAACCAAGAGCACAGGCCAGUCUGAGUAGGCUUUGCAAUUGCAAGUGCGGUGUCAUGCAGCCUCUGAGUGAUAGAGAGGGAGAAUGGAGCACACCUUCGUGACAGGCAUGCUUGCAGCUUUACAGCAAAGAGAACAUGCACAUUCUAUAUAAUUUCACAAACCAUGUCACGGGCCGUUUUUAAAUGUAUUAGUUUGAUAACAAACAACGUUGUUCAGUCAUGUUACCUACCUAGCUAACAACAUGUUAACUUGACAGGAGGUCUAGUCAAAUUUGAUUGACCCAGGAAGGAAGGAAAAGGGUCUGCUACUCAUGAGAUGUGCUUCAAAUGUAGGAUUUACGUAGGCCUAAUGUAAGCCUAAACUAUAUCAACAAUCUAUCUCUUUCUGCUUCUUCUUACAUUCUGUUUGGGAGCAGUGUGUGUGUGUAUGUGGGAGAGAGAUAGUGGUGUGUGUUUUUAUGACCGGGAGAUAGAGAGAGUGUGUGACUGAGGGAGGGAGAGUGUCUGUGUUAACUGAAGAGUAGGCCUUUCUCCUUAAUGCCACAAUGACAUGCAGAUCAUUAUGCAUUUAUAUUCCUCCCUUUCCUCUAGCCAAAUCACAGGUUAGGCCUUUGCAAAUAUAAGCAAAUAAGACAUUUUAUGCAAUAUUUUAUUAUAGUGAACAGUUUGAAGUUAAUUCAAUAUGUGUUGCAUUGAGUAGAAGUGUGUAUAUCAGUGACAGGUUUUUUGCUAAGCACAUGCGCAAAACUUUUAGAAAACGGGAACGGGCGCCCAAAAUAUUUGUUUUUGUCACAUGCGCCGAAUACAACGGGUGUAGAACUUUACUGUGAAAUGCUUACUUACUAGCCCUUCCCAGCGAUGCCGAGUAAAAAAAAUAAGUAUACAAAAAAAUACAUAUGACCCACUACUUUGAUUCUGGCCUAUGUAGCAACAUUUGAAAUUGUGUUUUUUUAAUACAUGGGAUGAAAGUAGAUUCAGAGCUAGAAAAUUGUAUAUCAUACACUGCAGUUGAGGAACAAUGGGAAAAUAAUUCUGCUUUGAAAGUUGAUAAACUUGUAACCCCACUUUUGAGAAAAUGGCCCUUGAAUGUUUUGGUACACCUACUGGAGAGCUCUUUGUCUACACCCAUUCAGCAUCGUUCACACCCUCUUAAGCCUUAGCCCCACCCAUCUCUUUAAGGAUCACAUGUGAGGCCAUGUGCUAAACAGAGUAAGUAAGGUAGUGUAGUAAACAACCAAAGAUUUCAAGACUAAAAGUGGUGAAAGUAGUAGCAAAAGGUAGCAGUAAAAAUACACUAUCUAGUCCUUGGCGUAUAUCCUAAUCUGACUUUGGUGCAGGUCAUGUUGUUCUUCACAUUACCAUCUCUGGUAAACACACACUAUAUCAAAUAAAAAUCAACGUUUAUUUGUCACAUGCACCGGAUGCAGAAUGUGUAAACGGUACAGUGAAAUGGUUACUUGCAUAGUGGAGUCUUUUGUUUAGACAAGUAGCUAGCUAGCUAAACAUUGAACCAUAAUCCCAACUCUAAUGCCGUGUUCAAAACAACUGGGAACUCUGAAAUCUCAGACUGGGGAAAAAUAAAUUAGAACGGUCAUCCAACUCGGAGUUUCCAACUCGGCAACCCAGGCCUAGUUCUAGAGCUCCGACCUGAAGAUCACUGACGUCAUGAUUUGACCUCAUAUUUUUCAGAGUUCCCAGUUGUUUUGAACGUGGCAAUACUACUAUGCACCAUGCGUGAAUCUGCAGGUAGCUAAAGCUAACCAACUAGGUUCAAUGUUGGAUAGCUAGCUAACAUUAGGCUAGAACUAGCAAUGUAAAUGGAUUUCUGAGAUAGGAAAAAUAUUACUACACAGAUCAUACAUUUAACAGUACGCUUUAACUUGCAAUGAAAAAGACUUUCUGACAAAAUUAGAAACGUAUAAUAUCUGAAAAUGUAGCUGGACUCUUACCCGUAUACAUGGAUGACUGCUUCUCCCUCUGUCAUGGAUGCCAUGGUUGCUCUUAGUUUCAAGAUGUAAUCCGGAGACAGGUGUUUUAUUCAACUGCCUUCAGUGUAUUCUUUUCGACUUUCUCCGCAUUUGGCAAUCAUCUCUCAGCUUCCACCGGGCAUUCCACCGAUUUCAAAAGUCGGUCAACUUCUUCUGUGACAACACUGUUGGUCGCCGUUUCUUCCCCAUCGCUGUCAUCAGAGGACUCUAAUGUCUGGUUCAUUUAAAAUGUUUUUACAUAAUUCAUCGUCUGAUUCAUUUUCAGUAUCAGAGUCAGCAUGGCACGGUCGUCCUCCAGAAAGUAGUCAAAAACUACUUUUUCCCCACUGAUCUUUGUCCAUAGCGCCUGUUAAUUUCAGGACAGCAAUGUUGAGAGCGGUAGCAACACCUCAGUUCAUGAUAUCUUUUAAAAAAAGCUGCGGAAGAAAGGAUUAUCUACACAUAAUGAGCAGCUCUGUAUUUACAGAUGGCAUACAAGUUUGUUAUUAAGGCACAUGAAAGUUCACAUGUUCCAGAAGGCAUUUCUGCCAAAAAACGUAUUUGGAUAAUAAUAUAAUAUAUAAUGCCUCUCCUGUGAAGUAGUAAGGUGUGACAUACGCCUAGCUUCUUGAAACAGGUCAGAAAUGGUAACACGAGGAAUAAAAUACACAAGAAUGCAGCUAUAUACAGGGAGUACCAGAUCAAUGUGCAGGGGUAUGAUGUACAUAUCUACCUCACGUACAUGAAGGCAUGGUAAAGUGACUAUGCAUCAGGAUUAAUAAUAAUAAGAGUAAACUACAGAACAGAGUAGGAAGCGAAGGGGAUACAUAGUCAGUUCCACAACUGAAUGCAUUUGACUGGAAUUUGUCUUCCGCAUUUAACCCAAUCCCUCUGAAUCAGAGAGGUGCGGGGGGCUGCCUUAAUCGACAUCCACUUCAUCGGCACCCGGGGAGCAGUUGUUGUUGGGGGUUAACUGCCUUGCUCAAGCAGCAGCAUAUGAUGAGUGUAAAAGUGUGUGUGCAUGUGUGUUUGUGCAUAUGUAGUGAAUGUGUGUAGGUUUUGUGAGAGUGUAGUGUCACAUUACACCAGAGGAGACAGUAAUUCUGCUGUUGAAGAAUUUUCCAGGCUGUGAUUAAUCUGCCUUGUUGUGUAGAGGACCCUUGUAAAUGGAGCUCCUCCAUUUAUGCAUUGUGGCCUGGGAACUAGGGAGAUCAACUCAAUAAGUGCAUGCCUUCACUAAUGUGCCACUGCAUUUUGUGUCACAUAGAAUAUGUGCAUUGAUGAGCACAUAAAGGAAAAUGGCAGAGCCACUAUGGCAGAGCCUGGGGACAGGCCACUGCCACGGUCUCAGGGUACAGAGGCUCAGUGAGGCAGAGUAAACGGCUCAAACUUAGGCUUUAUUACAUAAUUUACCAACAGAAAUGCUUACAAAUAUGGAACUUAACCUUUGUUACUGAAGUUAUACCUUUUCUUAAACUCAGUCUUUGAGCCCCAACCUGUCAACUGUUGGGGCUGAUUGUCCAGCCAAUCACGCACUCGAUUGACUAAUGACCCUCAGCUGGGCUCCAUCAGCCUCCCAAGUGGGAAGGUGCCGGGAGGAGCCGGAAAGGCUCUGGAAGGGCACGGCAAGAGGGGUAGAGCUGUCCUCUCGGGCAUCACUUCAGGGGACAGGGCAGCAGAGCCACAACAGAUCAUUGAUAUUUUCUAUACCAGUCUAACUCGCCUCUGUGUCCUCUCUCUCCCUCCCAGCCUGGGACCCUGACCUCAGCCCUGCUCAGCAUUCUUCUCCUGGAUGGAGAGUCGGUGUACUGCCUGGUGGGGAAUCCCUUCCUCCUGCUGCUGGCCAGGGUCCUGCUGGUCAACUGCUCUGCAAAUCUGGAUAGCCUCCAGGUAAGAGAUAACAUAGCAGAGAUAUCACUUUGUAUCUGGGCAUUAGCUGAAGCUGUGAUUGUGAAAUGACACUCGUCACGUCCCCAUUGUCUCUCCCCAACACAGAAAAAUGAGUUGAGAGACAAAGGAAAUACAGCAAAGAUUCUGGUCAGGGAGACGGAUGCAUACUUGAUUCCUUCAGAUGUGCUGUGCUUGAUUUGCGUUUCUCCCUCUAAGCCACUGGAACAGGGAGAAUCAUUGGAUGUGGGUGCAGAAACCUAUUCCUGCAUUUCCAUUCCCUGUCCACACACAGACACACACACAGGAAUGCUGUGCAUUGUCACUCCAUUGCCAGCACACUAAUACAUCUCCAGAUGUAUUUAUUUACCCCUUCCCUUCGUGCUGAAACUUUGGCAUCCUGGUAUUACAGGGAGAUUAGUUCACCGUAGUUAUUAUUCUUGGAGGAAUAAAACAAUGGGUCAGGUAGUGAAUCAUACUCCUAAGGCAUGUACACACUUCCCUUCAGCAGCUCAGUCACCUGUAAAUAUUUUACAGCUGUAAUGGCUAAAUAGUAGUUGUUUAACUACAUAUUGGCUGCCUUUUGAGUUUCAGAAGCUCACCUCAGGCUGUUUUAGAGAGUUACUGUUGCCUACAAAUUAUAACAUGCUGAAUGAAUGUGUGGUUUGAUGGUAAGAUCUAUACUAACUACAAGAUCCAUUCUAGUGAUCAUACUAUUAAAGUUUGAUAUGUGACGCGUACACACACACACACACACACACACACACACACACACACACACACGUACCCUCAGAGUUCAGCAGUUGUCUAAAUCAAGGGCAAACUGUCCGCUGCCCCCUCCACCCCCCUGUACAUUCUUAUUAUCACCCAGCUUCUCCACCUCUCCCAUCCCAGUCAUAAAGAGAGGAGGGGAGGGGGCUGCAAUGUUCAUCUGCAUAUCACCCUCCUCUGAUGAGACGGCAGAGUGUGUGUGCGUCGUGGGAAUAUUGAUUCAGGGAGGCAGACGAUUAACGCACCAUACGGCGACACGGUCGGGAUAGCCGGCCUCGUGCAUCGCAAAUGAGAAAGGAGAUGUCCUCACUGAAACACAAAUGGCCUUUUUACAUGGUUCACUACCUUUGGCCAUGCAAGAGAGAAGGGGGUAAGGGAGAGGGGAGAGGAACCCAUACAUGGCUUGGAGCUGUUAUUUUCCCUGCCACUUUGCGUUUUGGUCAGAGAGCUGAAAAAGAGAGGGAGUUGACUAUUUUUUGGGCUGGGUCAGCAGCACUUAACUAUAGCAUUCAUUUUAUGUGUGUGUUAGUAUGUAGGGUCUAAGUUGGUUGUCAUGUGUUCAGUUGGUUCAGGCACUAGUACAGUAGUUAUUUAUUUAGUUACUAUUGUUAUUUAGUUACCUGUUACAGUAGUUAUUUAUCUACUUGUAUUAUUAUUUAGUUACUAUAGUUAUUUAGUUGCGACCUCAUCUAUGUAUUGGGCCGUUUGUACAAAAGCACUCACUUACUCUCCCAUGCUCUCUUUCACUUACCUGUUUGUUGUUCGGCUUACCUGCUCCCACUAACUCCCUUAUUUCACACACUUCUCUGGCUAACUUGUUUCUGUUUUCUAUGUUCCACAUGUGUGCAGCUGCUGCCUUGGUGGACCCUGCGCUACGUGAGCCUACACCAGCAGGUCUUGGAGGAGCGCUCCCCUCAGCUCCUCAGCUUGGCCCAAAGCAGCAUAGAGAAA